GGUUGUUUAAGAUGGCGAAGGCUGGUAAUUUGGUGAGUGAAGUUUUCUGGAGCAAAGAUCCAUCGGAUGAAGAACAAUCCAUGGUCUUUGUGCCAGAUCACCACAUGAUUGUUGAUGGGACACUGGUUAUGUUGUGACUGUUUGGGGGUUGCUGUUAGAAGGAAACAUUAGACCUGAAUCCAAGGUGAAGUGUAAAAUUCAAGAAGUUGGAGCAAAACUCCCACUCCAUUCUGAUUCUGCUUUUGUGAACCCCCUGAAGAUCAAGUCUGGAAAGUUACCAAUGCCAAACAAGAUUAUGAAGGAAAAGAAAGGGACGAAGAGCGCAUCUUUGAAGGAUCUCUGCCCAGAAGACAAGAGGCGCAUUGCUAAUCUAAUCAAGGAGCUUGCAAGAGUAAGUGAAGAGAAAGAAGAAACUGUGGAACGAUUAAAGGCUGAACACGAAUCCUUUGAAAAGAAAAUCAGAGAACUGGAGGACCAGAAUGAAGUCAUUGUGACCGAGCGGGAAGCUUUGCAACAGCAGUAUAAAAAAUGCCAGGAACUCCUGAGUGUUUACCAGAAGUAUCUAUCUGAACAGAAAGAAAAACUGAACCAGUCCUUGCCUGAGUCCAGCAACUAUAAGCAAAAGGAGCCUAACAAGAAGAAUCUUCCUCAAAUGGCUUCUUCCGACCUAGAUGGCUCCUAUCUUGGAAUUGUUCCUACUUGUACGUUAAAUACCACUGAUAAAUCUAAACAAGUGCUUACUGGUGCAUCCCUCGCUCCUCACCUUCAAUCUGACCUGGCCCAGCAUUUCCCAAACCACAAUCAUCAUCUUCAAGCCCAGCAUACUGGGAGUUUUCCAUCUCAAAAUGGUUGUGGGAAAAGAACUGGAAAUACAAUUCGGGGAGAGCCAGUUGCAGGAAGACAUUAUGAAAUGAACAAACAGUCAGUUGUAGGUGCUGUGCAGGCUGGUACCUUUUAUGAUACAGAUGGCGGUCAAGCUCACUAUGGAUGGCUGAGAAGUAGAGACGCUGAUCAUAAAAAUCAAUUGACUAAUGUACAUAAUGGGCAUUUCAAACUGUUAACUGAACACAAUGCCUAUUCUGGAAUGUUUCAUGAUCCAGCAAUGAAUGACCAAAUGGGAAUAAUGGCUGGAGAAGUUUUGCAUGGAAAGAAACUGCUGGUAGACCAAAAGCAGCAGCUGAUGUGUCAGAAAAUGGAGCUGGAACUGGAGAAAGAAAGACUGCAGAGAUUGCUCGCUCAGCAGGAGACCCUGCUCCUUCGAAAGCAACAGCAAUUACAUGAGUCAAGGUUGGAUUACAGCAGGUUCAAAUAUCAUCUGUCUGAAGCAGAAGAAAUGACCUACAGUGAGGAUCUGACAAACAAAACAAGAAUUCCUAUACCAAAUUCAGUUAGGCCAGAAAGGCACUUAAGGUCAGGGGAUGAUCUUUACCGUGGUCAUUUGCAACAUCAGGAAAGAAACAUUAAGGCAUCGACAUCAGAACCAUGGGAAGGAUCAAAUGCUGGAAACAAGGUGAUAGAACCUUUUGAUUCAGAACUGGAUGCCUUUCGGGAUACAAUCUCUUUAUGCCCUGCUGUAGAUCGAAAUAAACAACAAACAGGGACCCCUUCACGUUCUAAAAAGGAUGUGGCUACCUCUCCUCUUCUAGUAUUUAAUAAAGAUGAACGAGUCAGCACAGCAACCUCACCUUUUUGGGCUGAAUCAUCGAGCUAUGAAGCCUCUCUUGUUCAUUUGGUGGAUGCAUUGAGUCCAAUUUCCUCACAAAAGCAUAAUUCGCACAUCAAGGAAGAAUACUGCAAGCCAAGAAAAAGCAACAUAAUUCACAGCGGAAACCAUCAAAAGCUUGCUAAGACUGGAACAGUUCCAACAGACAGUGGAGUAUCAGAUGAUGAAUUUGAAGAAAGCAAAAUGUUGGAAGAUGUUUUUUUCAUUUAAAAAAGGGGUGGAACAUUCUCACUGGCAUGAGUGAACCAUAAUGAUUUUUAAAUUAUUUUAGUAAAAUUGGAUUGUUGAAGAGUC